AUGAGUCAACAAGUGCCACAAGUCAAGACUGAGCCCGGUAUUAAGAAGGAACCUGGAACUGAAAACAAUGAGGAAUGGCAAACUAUUCCUCUAAAGUCGUAUGGACCUGAAGAUGUAGAUGAAAACACACGGAUCCACAUUAUGAAACUUAUUUCUAGAAACGAUGUAAAUAUAGUAAAGGAUUUUGAGAAGCCUGUUAGACUUCAUAGAAAGGAUCCAAGGAACAUGCAGUUUCAUCUCACACGUCAAGAAUUGGAUCAACGAAAAAGAGAAAAGGAAGAGGCAGAGAAACAAAAUGCAACCAAACAAGAAACCAAGAAAGGAAAGGGCGAGGGCAAAGACAAGGACAAAGGCAAAGGAAAAGACAAAGAAAAUGAAAAUGAAAAUGAAAAUGGAGGAGAAAAUGAAAAAGAACAAGAAGAGGGCAAUACAGAGGGUGAUGGUAAGUCUGAUGUCAAAAGUGACAAAGCUAAAGAAGAAAUAAAGAGUAAGAUAGCACCAGAGGAGGGGAAACUCAUGAGAGGUCAAGCCGAUUUGUCUCAAGUGGCACCAGAUGGAGGUGCUCGUAAGAAUAAGAAAAACUUGUUCAAGAGAAAGACAAAACAAAUAAAUUUGAUGGACGAGGCGAAAAGGAAACUUAGAUACGAAGAACAUUAUCCAUGGGUUAUUGAAGAUUACACGGGUAAGAAUGUUUAUGUGGGGAACUAUGAAGCAGGAUCAACAGAGCUGCUGCACGUACUUUUUGUAUUUGAUAAAGAUGGUUUCAAGAUGAUCCCAGCCGAGAAAGUUUAUAGAUUUACACCAAGAAACAAGUAUGCUACAUUGACAUUGGAAGAAGCCGAGCAGAAAAUGGAGAAAAACUCGAGCGUGCCUAGAUGGUUAAUGAAGCACAUUGAAAAUGAUUCCAUCGCUGAAGGUUCACCAGAUCAAAGAUUUAGAAACAACUCGCCAUCUGCUAAUGGGCGUGUAAUCAAUGACAAUACACGAGGCAGAAGAAUGAGAACUGUGAUUGGUGGCAGUAGCAGCAGUGGUCACACCAACAGUGGAUCUGGUAAAGAUAGAGAUUCAGACCAUGAUGAUUUGGAUUUUGAAGAAGAGUUUGCAGACGACGAAGAAGCGCCAAUUAUGGAUGGAGAUGAAGAAGAAAAUAAAAUGUCAGAGAGAAAAAUCAAGAAAGAAAUGCUCAGAGCUGCACACUUGAAUGCUGAUGAAGAUGCCGACGUGGAGGAUGAUUUGGAUGAUUUGUUUGAAACAGAAAAGUCAAGAAAAGUUGAUAAGGAAGGUAAGAAAUUGAAGAAGAUGUUGAACAAAAGAGAAGGUGGAAUUUAUGAUAGUGAUGACGAAGAGCGUGAGCUUUUGCCAUACUUGUCCAAGUCUGAUUUGGAAAGCGAUGAAGAAAGUGAUAAUGAAAUUAAGGUGAAACAAGAACCGAAUCAAGAAGAAGCUGGUAGCGGUGCUACUUCAGGACCGGGAGCAGGAGAAAGUGUAGGUCCAGCUAUGCGACAUAUCACUGCUGCAUACUUGGGAGAUGGAUUUGUUACUAUCCUGGCGCCAAAAGAGUUUCUUAGCACAUUCCCUGCAGGUGAAUGGGUACCAAAUGGAAGGAAACGUCCUACUAGUCCUAUUGGUGUAGAGAUGGCUUCUCCACAAAAAAAGAGCAAGACUGGAAACGUCAGCAGCAGUGAUAAAGACAAAGACAUAGACAAAGACAAUAAAAAUAACAAUGACAAUAAUAAAGAGAAUGAGAAUAAUGCUCUGAUGAAUACUGUCACUGUCAAGAGGGAGCCAUCAAGAGAACCAGUAUCAAGAUCAGCCUCACCAGUCAAUGCAGAAGGCUCUACUUAUGAUUUGAAUGAUGCAGGGCCAUCUAAUUUGUUGGUGACAGUAAAUGAAAUCUUGAGUAUUGUCAAGGACCGUCCUCUUACUACAAAGGAGUUGCUUUUGGGACUCAAGAAUAGAAUCAGUGCCCAUGCGGAUAACAAACAGAGAAUUAUUGCUAUUGUUAAGCAAAAUUUGAAACUUGUUGAUGGUAAACUAGCACUUAGGGAAUAA